AUGAUUAAACUUACUGCUGGUAUAUCUAAAGAUAUAAAUAAAAUGAAACAAGAUGCACGUAAUAUAUAUGGUCUUAGACAUCGUUUGUCAUUAUUAGAAAGGGAGUAUAAAAAAAAAUGUGAAGGUAAAGAGAUAAGUGAAGAGUGUACUCUAUUAGUUGAGCAAAUUGAAAGAGUCAAAAAAAAACUAGAGUCCCUAAUAAAUUCUAAUCAAAAAGAAGAAAAAAAAACUAAGCCUAAAAAACAAAAAAGUAAAAAAAAGCAAUCUAAUUUUGGUGGAAGUAAAGGUCAAAAUAUAAGUUAUAAUGGAAGAAAAGCUCGUAAUAGAAGAGAACUUAUAAAAGGACUUGAAGAAAAGAUUUCAUUAUUAAAAGAACAAAUUUCAGCAUUAAUGCUAGAAUUGAGAGUUUUAGAGAUGAAAUUGAUUAAAGCUGAAAAAAUGAAAAAAAGAAUUUGUAGGGACUAUAUAAUGGAAACUAUAAAGGAGGAAAGUGAUGAAAGUGAAGACCUUUUGGAUUUUAUUAUUAAUGAAGCUUCGUUCAAAAUUGAAGAUGAGUAA